UGCAAUCAAUGAAGAAUGCAAAUGAAUGUAACUGAAAUUCAAUAAAGGCUGCGCCAUGUGGAUUCCUGUGCUCUUGGUCAUUUCCAAUUUCCUGUUGCUCUCAAAUUCAGAAUCUGUUUGCAAACAACCGAACACCGGCACUGUGCUGUUCCGUAACAUCGACAUCCACAGGCGACAGUGCUGGAGCAGUGAGGAACUCGCCCUGCUGUACACCCGCCGCGCGAUGAUGGAACUGGUGCCGAGACAGAUCCCCCACAACAUCCCCCUCAUCCUGGAGUACAUGCAGAUCUGUCUGACCACACUCAAGGAGACGGUCACGUCCAAAGUCGUGUACGACUACAUGUUCGCGGCUCUGGCAGACACGUUCGGCGGCUAUCUACAGACCUACGGCCUACCACUCCUUCAUGAGGCCUAUUACGAGGGGUACGUCUCCUACGACACCGCCGUCGGUUUCCAUCGUCUACAGGACGAGUUCAAGGGCUUCUUGAUGACGAAUGGGGAAGGGUGGACCAGACCCAUGGAGGUUAGAAAACACAUAAAUCGCAUACUGCCACUAAAGCUACCGACCACGGUGAGCAGCAAGCCUUGCGCUCUACUCUUCUCCGAGGCCACUUGUCUGAAAUCGGCUGCUGACGAGCAGUCUGACGACACAAAUCAGACAAACUCCUUGAUCCCUCUGCCUAUCCUCGACGACAGUAAGCAACCAAAUUCCAUCGCUAUCCCGUUUAAAAAUCGUGCUUUGUUCAAUUUGAAAAAUAGGAACUCCUACGAUAUUUUGAUCAAGUAUUACAUUGAAGCUUCACGAUGUAUUACCAAUUCCCACAAGACAGGCACUGAGCAAGCGGAGUUCGAUCACGUGUUCUCGGACUGGCUAAAGACUAAAGUAGGUCCACACCUGAAAGACGAAGCUUGGUAUGUCGGCUUCAGUAACGUCUUGCGGAUAGAAGAAACAAUACAUCAGAGAGGCGGGAUGGUCGCUGAAGGCUCUGCUCGGGAGAGAGAGGAGGAAUCUCUGUUCUCGGAGCUGGAGAGUGAAGCACAGCUGACACAAGCUGCUUACAUCGCUAUCGCUAUUAUCCUCAUAGUUUCCCUACUAGUCAUCUGCUUCCUGUACUGGGCGUUCAUCAAGCACUGCUUCAUGUGUUGCGGCAAACUCGACGUGGAGUCGGCAAACAAUUCGGGGGACCCGUCAGAGACGAGUUCCCUGCUAAGUGGAACCGAGGAUUCCUCCAACGGUCCCUCCACUAAGGGAAGAGCUAGACGAAAGGGUUGUAAACAUUUCAAGAACAAAUCCGAUUCUACCAAUCCAGACUCUCAGAGUAUCAAGAGUGUUACUGACGAGAGUCGAGUGGCGUUAAGCUUUGGAUUGGGAAAGGGAUUUCCACCCCGAUGCCGUAAGCACCGCCAUUAGAUGUAUUGUAAUAUGUCUAUAUUUACAGGUCUUUAUUUAAUAGGCAAUAAAAUAAAUUUAACUAAUGUCCAA